AUGGCAUCAGCAGGAUUUGGACUAGCUGAAACAUAUGUGAUGCAGAAGAUAUACAAGGAAAAAUUGAAGAAAAUAACAGAACAAGAGAAACUACAAGAGGAUAAGAAGUUCGAUACAAUCAAAACAUGUUCUAUGGAUAAAACAUCAACCGGUUGUUUCUCGUUGUUUCCCAAAAAACAGCAAAGGAAAAUUUCUCGCAUAUCAGAUUCCAACGACUCAUAA